AUGUGGGACGCCCGAGCUGCCACGGCGGGUCUGCGCAGGCACAACAGGGACCAGGAGCACCAGCACCAGCACCAGCACACGCACAUGAGUGCUGACAACGAGGAUAUUAAUCUGUGCGGCCCUGUGGAUGUUCUGGGCAUCGCCAUCGAUGUUCCUGCUGCCAGACCACGCAACCCACGGCGGCUCCAUCAUCACAGACCGCAGCGGCACACUCUGGACGCCGCAUCGCCAGCUGGAAUGGGCUGCCCAUUCAGCGCACCCGUCUCACCCAUCGAUGAAGAUGACGCCGGUUUCCAUCGAGAGUAUCCUUUGCAAGGGCUACAACAAUCUCAGCCGUUCACGACGCAGCUCCAAAUGAGCAAUGGCCCCGUUCAAGUGCAGUAUAUGCCCUUCCGACCCGCUGUGGACAUGCACGGCGCGUCUUUCGAGAACCCAAGAAGCGUCAAAGACAUACCGAUCCCUUAUUUUGAGAAUCCAAGAAGCAUCAAGGACGUGCCGAUACCACAAGGCUCGUUGCCGCGGAGUAACAAGAUGCGUUUGCACUUGACGACUGAGAGUUCAGUCGCACAGAGGUUCCGGCUCCUCGCCAAGGGCAAGUCGGAGUCACCAGAGCCUUUUACGGAGCGACCAAGAAGCAGCAGUCGUAGCAGGGCAGGGAGCAGGACAGGGAGCAGCAGGCCGGGGAGCAGCAAGAGUAGCGGCAUCGGCUACAACGGUCUCCGAAACAUAUCAGCUCCCAUUCCGCUCUCUCAGCCGGCUUUCAUGGUAGACUCGCCUCCACGCAAGCAGAUGCCUACAGACCGCGACCUCCUCCCCUCCGCGCAGGUGCAGCAGCCAACGGACACGAUUACACCAGCCGCCAAGGUGGCAUCAUAUGAUGUCUACACCACCGACGCCAGCAACGGUGCUAACGCUCUUGCAACGCCGCCUAAUAACCAGGAAUAUCCGACCCCGCCAUCACUGCAAUCAGCCCAGCCGCAGUCACCCGUCGACCCAAAUUGGACGCCUACAGGGCCCAGGAUCAUUAAGAGGAAGCCGCCGCAGAACCAGCGGAACCAGCCUUCAGCGCCUACCAACCGCUCGAGUUCGAUUCCGGCUUCACUCUUUCCUCGUCCUCCGACAGCAUCGGGCGCAGCCGCACCUCCACCUCAACCACAACCUCCAUCUCGACCACAGCCACAGCCGCAACCCCACCCCGAACGGUCCUAUGCCGACGAAGAGUCGAUGAAGCCUGCGCCGCUCUUCGCUCCCACCACUUACAAUUCUCGGAACACCGAGGCUCCUUGGCAGGCUGUCGGGGAGCAGACGCCCGCAAACACGCCGCCCGACGCCGCUUUCUUGAGCCGUUUGAAUCCGGACACCGCGCCUAAUCCUUCUCCGAGCCACGCAGCUACGACUGUGGAGCACAACGUACGCACGUCCAGCCUCUACGAGGCCUAUGCCCAGAUGCCUCGCAUGCCACCGCCGAGCGAGGCACCUCCAAGUAAGCCGGUGGACACCGAGGCCGGUAGCAAAGCGAAACCCCCGAAGCAUAAGCCUACGCUGUCUACUACCAAGCCACUUCCUCCCGCACCUCCAGAGUUGGCUUCUUCGUCGUCCGAUGAUAGGAUUGCUCAAUUGAAUGCCACCCUCGCGGGCUUGGCGCACCGCAGGGUCAACAUCAACAAGAGUAUCCAGCAGAUGACAGAGCUCAUGCCGCGAGACAACCUGAUGGCCAGCGCAGAGGUGCUCCGAAAGCGGGAGAUUGAGAAGCAGAAGGUGGAGGGGCUCAAGAAGGAGCUGGCUGAGAUCCAGCUCGAAGAGUAUGACUUGGGCUUGAAGCUGCAUAGAGCAUACAAGCGCCUCAACAGGGGUGCAGACUACGAGCCAACCACUCUGUGGGUGAGAAGAGUGAAUACUUGA